AUGCCGACAGUGAAGGUGGAGCCGAAGGUGUGGUUUUCCACUGAGCGAACCUUUAUUCACUGGGCCAAGCUGUCGACAGUCUUCGCGGCAACCGCUGCUGUCAUGAUGGCUUCCUCCAGGUCUGCUGCGACAGAUGUUUGCGGCCUUGUUGUUGGCUUCGCCUCUCUGGUGCUGCUCUUCCAUGCGUGCCUGAAGCAGUGGAAGAGGAAUCGAAUCUUCAAGUCCGGGGGCAAGCAAUAUGUCCGAGUGGAGGAAUUUGCCGAUCGCUUUGGUGCGAUACUUUUGGCCUGCUCCUUGACCACUGUUGUCUUCGGACUCGUCGCGAUCCCUGCUGUCGGCCUCUAA